AUGAGGGUCUAUUGUAUCGUAAUUUUUGUGGCCGUAUCGGGGCUAUCGUUGGCCCAAAAGCGCAAAAAUAGGUCCGAAGAGAAAAAUUGUAAGAAGGACGAUUUUGACAGACACUCGAGCAACGUGUUCGGCCAGUUCGGUCUAGAUGAACUCAGUUUCCCGGAGACCCGGUCACAAUUGAGUGCGUACUGCAAGAAAGCUAAGGAGAGCACAGAAUUUUCCAAACAAUACGGAACUAAUUGCCUGAAGAGCACAUCCCAAACACUGAUGAGUUUGGCCACAUAUAACUUUGACAAAGUGAACAAGGCCUACUGCGCCAAGAAUGGUAAACUGAAAGAUGCUUGGGUCAAUUGGGCCAAGUGCGGCAACCAGGCUAAACCAAAAACCACUAAAUGCUGGGACACCAUGUUAGUGACCAUGGCCAAUGCGAAAAAGAUUCAGAACAGCAAGCUCAGAAUACCCACCGUAUGCUGCAACUAUUACCGGUGGAUUAAAUGCACGAGUAAGGCGCUCGAGGACAUGGGCCCGAGUGUAUGUUCAAAACAGGCUGUCGAGGGCUAUACCGCGCAUAUUAAUAAGGCAUCUGUCGACUCUAUGAACCUGAUCUGUUCACGCUACGAAGACAAUCCGACCAAGUGCGAGGCCAACUUUAAGGAGGUGCCCAAUACCAGACCCAAACGCUUGGACAAAAUGCCCUUGCUCUAUGUGUUUGAUCUGUUUGACUCGUUGUAAGUUUAUAAUCUAGAUAGGUUUUGUUUUGCUUACUUUAAGGUGCAUUUUGUGAAGUUUAUUUUUUUAUU